UAAGAUAAGAAAAAAUUUGCACACUAAUUACGACCAUAAUCGUCCCAAUAUCAACCGCUGAUCAAUUCCUUAUUUAAUUAAUUUUGGAAGCUUUCAUUCCAUAAACAGAAAAGGAAGGGAAGAAGAGGCAACCCUAGAUGAGCUAUGUACUACAACUACUAUUUGAGGAAAAUCUACUCAUUUCACUAUUUUUCAGACAAUGACACUCACUACAAACUGAAGGCGGCUACAAUUCCUCUUUUAUGUAGCUCUAAUGUCAACUUCUGAAACUCAAACCCAACUUAGUUCUGAUGAAGAAACUCACCCUCUCAAAUCUCUCCUUUCUCCUCCUACCAUUCCCACCGACACCAGUGGCCCACAUUUCCGGCGACACCGCCUCAGCUCCCUCAACACCGACGUCGUUAGCCGACAGCUUCCCUCGGAGGGAUUAUCCUUCCAGCUAUGGCCUGCUGCCACCGCUCUUUUUUCUCUCCUCGACACACACCGCCUUCAUUCCUACCUCCCCUCCCACCUUAACCGCCGCCUCCGUGUCCUCGAGCUUGGCUCGGGGACUGGCCUUGUUGGAAUAACCGCGGCUGCAAUCCUUGGUGCUCACGUGACCGUCACGGACCUCCCUCACGUGAUCCCCAAUCUCGAGUUCAACGUGCUGGCCAAUGCCGAGAUUAUCUCGGCCAAUGGCGGGGCUGUGGUUGCCACUCAGCUUAGCUGGGGGAAUGUGGAGCAAAUGGAGGUGGUUGGUAAGGAGUAUGAUGUUAUCCUGGGGUCUGAUGUCGUGUAUCAUGAUCAUCUUUACGAGUCGCUUUUGGAUACGUUGAAGUACUUAAUGGUAGGAGGAGAAAGAGAGGUGGUGUUUUUGAUGGCGCACCUUAAGAGGUGGAAGAAAGAGUCUGCAUUCUUCAGGAAGGCUAGGAAGUUUUUUGCAGUGGAUGUGAUUCACCGCGACAGUCCCUCUGAUGGGAAGAGGGUUGGUGUUAUCGUGUACCGCUUCGUAGCCAAGCAACGCCCUUGCAAUUCAGAGGCUAAUGUUUCCAAGAAAAUUUUGGAAAAUGAUGUUUAAAAGUUGGGUUUCAUUUUGUUGAUUUUUUAUGAAGCAUGAAAUAGCAACUAAGAAAUUCUCAGGUAUAAUUAAUCCAAAAAAAUGUAACAAAUUUCAUGGAAAAAAUACAUCUACAGUGUUAGACCAAAA